ACUACAACGGCAUUAAAGUUUUUCCUGUUAGCAACGGAAAAGAUAUUUUAAAAAAAUAUAUACUAUACUAUUUUUGAAUUACUGCCUGCUUGUUAUCCUAUUUGCUACCAUUUUCCAUAAAACAAUUCCAAAAUCAAACACAGUUCGUAGUAUGCUAUUUUUAUUAUUGCGUGUUUGUCCUUGACGACUCUGAGUAAAAAUGAUGCAAUUCUGUUGCAGUUUGUAACAAAUAAUUGCAGAAUCUGACCAAACUAGGCUGUGCUGACAAAUCAGCUGGUACAGGAGCAACACUGCAAAACUGGGAGGUUCAGGGUGCAGAGGGGCGAUGCUGCUAAUACUGGCAUCCCUGCUUUGUGGUGUCCCUGCAGCCAAGGCCUGUCUGCAGUGUGACCGCAGGAUCAGGCUCCUACAUGAAGACUUAGUCCUGUCUGCUCCCACUGUGGCCGACCAGAUUGAAAUGAAAAAGAUUUGUGACCACGCCUAUGUUACUUACAGAGAGACCAGCUUGGAACGAAAUGGGGUCAUUGAUCCCACCACUCUAUACAGAGCCAGAACUGAGUACCAGAGUGAAUUUGACCGUUUUCUGAAAACCCAGCACACUGGGUCUGUAACAUUUGAAGCCAUUCAGAUCAUGGAGAAAGGAAGGAAGAUCUUGGAGAAACACUUGGAUGCUUUCAUCCAUGAUGGAUUGUGCCCCAACAUGUGUGGGCUUCUGAAUCAAAUGGUAAUGGAUUGCUUCUCAUGCCGCUACAGGAUUUACAUCUGUCCCUCUCCCACUGGCCAGCAGGACUGUGGUGAGUAUCCACUGCAGGCUGAGGAGGGAGGCCAGGCUGUGCUGGACUGUUUUCUUCCAUGGCAUCGUCUUCUGUUUGGAAAACCAGAGUACAGCUACUCCUGGGCCCCAGGAGUACCGGGAACUAACAAGCUGAAUGAAAGUGACUUCAUACCCCUGGUUGUGACGGAUGACUCAUCUGUGAUCUUGAAUCAGCUGCACAUGGAUGAACAAGGAAUAUAUCGCUGCUCUCUGCAGGAAGCUGGAACUAUCUUCUAUCAAAUUACUUUCCUACUCAAUGUCACCCCUUUACCCAACCAAACUCACCAGCCCCUCCUCACGCUGCCCACCCCGCCUCGUGGAGACAAGUACUCACCUUUUCAAAAUACUGAGGGUCUGCUGGUGCCAGUCAUCACCAUGGUUACUGUUCUUGGUCUGGCAGCAAGUGUAGGUCUCACAGUCAUCCUGAGAAUAAUGAUUAAUCAGCAGAGAGCAGCAGAGGAGCCAAGGAGGAAGAGGAAGGAGGAAAAAACAACACAUAACAUGGUGUGAUGAAGAUACUAUAUACAGAAAAAACACACCAGUGUUUAAGUUAAUGCCAGUGAAGUUAAAUCACUUCAGGUUGUACAUGUUGCUCACCAGUUAAAUAAAUUUCCCAGA